CUAAAGCCUACAUGUAUGUCGUGCAAUGAAGAACUGAGUGACGAUGGCUCCCCGUUUUUCCUGGUUCCUCUGCCCCCUGCUGGCGCUCCUCCUCUGCCCCGAUGCCGCCCUCUCUGCCACGACGCCGGAGGAGCUUGACAUCAAGACACUGGAAAAAAUGAAGGAAAAGGUGAAAGAAAACAUCACGGGCAACAAGCAGUUUGCUGUGCUGCAUCUAUCAGGGAAGAAUCUCGAAGACCAAGACUGCCAUGAAAUUAAAUUCAACGAUGCCAGAGGAGUUAAAGGACACUGUAAUUUUGCUCCCGUGUUAACACCUCCGAAUCCAUUGAAAGGAAAUGAAGAGACAGUAAAACACAGUGAGUGGCAGUUGAUCCACACGGCGCUGAGGCCCAUGCUCGAGGAAUGGAGGAAAAGCGCCGCCGGAGGAAAUGCCGGGACCAAAGGAAGGUACACAACGAAAAGGGGUAAAAAAAACAAAAAAGGAGGCCAAAAAAAGAAGAAAAAGGGAGGCAAAAAAAAGAAGAAAAAGAACACUAAAGGAAACAACACCAAAUCCGGAAACACCAAGAAAGGAAAUGGAGCCAAAAAGAGCUGCCCCGAGGCACUCUAUCUCUACUCCCGCCUCGCUCCGGACUACGACUGCAAGCGAAGACCCUCUGGCUUCACGUGCACGCAGGCGAUUGUCAACACCAUCCCAGAAAUCCUCAGGAAUGUUAAUUGUGAAACUACAAGGAUCGUCGUUGGAUUUUCCGUGGUAAGGCCACCAUUCAAGGCAGUAGCAUGUGAAGGUUACGACCUCAUGAAGGAAAACGGAAUAAGAGAGUAUCACCUGGACAGCGAUCUUCCCAACAAAGAAUUCAACUGCAAGGACGCAUCUGGACCCACUCAGGAUAAGGAAAGCAAUUCGAAGCCCUGCGAGGACAUGGCGGGUUAGUCCAAGCCGCAGGACCGGGUCGUGAGGGAGGACUCGCGUGGCAGUCCUGUGCUGCAACGAGAGGCUCUCUGGUCACGGCGAGGCAAGCGUUGCAAGAUGGAUUGGCUCGGAAAACGGACCCGGAAUACGUCGGUCCGCAAGCUGUGUUGAUUAGGCUUGGGACUGGAUUUGAUCUUUUGGUUUGAUUCUUAUUUCGUUUUGUUAUUUGGUAAAAUUGAAGGAAUGAUUCCUUAUAUAUGUAUAUAUAUAUAUAUAUAUAUAUAUAUAUAUAUACAAUAUGUAUGAAUAUAUAUAACCAAAUAUAUAUACAUAUAUGUAAU